AUGUCACCACGACUCGUUUCACUACUGCUUUUAGGUCUGAUCACACAAGCUGGUGCCGGGUACGUUUUCAAGAAACCGGAUACAGUCUGCGUAACGUACUUGUCAACGUACUUUGUCCCUAUAUCGUCAAAUGCCCCGGGUUCUGUACGGACAGAUGACGCGAACAUCACAUCGCAGACAUUUGAUGCCGUGGCAGCUUCUACCACAUUUGAGUCCGGAAUUGGUCCAUCCCUCGAUCUUACUGAGACUCUUCAGCUUCUCGGCCUCUUUCUGAUGAUUCUGGGGAGUCUUAAGAGAGCGCUUGGGGGCUUCAUAGGCUCUGGCUCUGGCUCUGAGAUAUGCAGGAUGCCUCUGCGUUUAGCCUCUCUGACGGUCGCCUUCUUGACGACGGGAAACCGAUUUACUAUAACGGCGAAGACUAAAAGGAACUACAAGGUCAGCAGACGACACCACCUCGCGGUGCCGUUACUACCACGUUUGCCGGUGAUGGUAGAUUCCUUCUCUUUCGCAGCCCUGACCUGCCGAAUGGCGAAGCAGGCUUCUGUUAGAGCCCAGGAACUGGUCAGGCUGUCCGUCGUUGGAGUUGAUGACUGUAAGGAUGGACAAACGUCUGCAAGCGCUGCCCCUAAGUCAACCGAUCUACGGAUCCUGCAACCUACAGCGAACUCUGCACUCACAUCCAUUCCUUUCAGUACAGCCAUUGCUUAUGUUCCUGACGAUUCCUCUGACUUCACGUCGCUUGUAGACUUUACGAGUCUCAUUCUUCCGUCUAUGGAACCUACACAGACGCGACCUUUGCACACAAGUUCUUUUCGCUUUCCUAAUACUUCAACCAAUGCGUUCCCUACGGUGCCAAUCGAGACAUCCGAAGAUCUGACUUUUACAAAUAUCCCUGGUGUUACAUUCGCACCAUCAGAUGAAGCAACGACAGCUGAUAUCCUACCCACUAGCGUAUUAUCUUCCGAACCACAGCUUACCACCGAGGACGCAACAUCCAGCUUCCCAGAGGCCACAACACCGGCAGUGCCAGAGACAGAAACUACCACCUCGGAACUCAGUGUUAGCGCUUCCAGGACGGGGACCGCCAUCGGCAUAGACACCACUACUGACAUAAAGACUACUACUGUCAUAGACACUACCACCGACAUAGAGACUACCAUCGGCAUGGAGACUACUAGCACUACGACAACAUUGGAAUCGGCGAGCACAUCAGAAAUCACAGCAGAAUUUCCGACAACAACCUCAGAUGCCGAGACUACCACGACCACCAGUCUACCGGCUCGCGCGUGCGAGUCGUAUCUCAUCAACCCAACAGUAUUAUUCAGCGGUGACCAAGACAACGAAGAUGGAGUCGAGGAGCUUACUCUUCCAUUACCAGUUGGACUAUACACCGAUUUCAGCGAUACCAUCUAUGUUGGCGUCAAUGGACUGAUAAGCUUGUUUGACAACUCGAUCGCACAAUCUUCGAACAAUCCAUUCCAGGAUAAUGCUUUACCAUCAGUUGCCAUCGCGGCUUACUGGGAUGACUUGCGCAUCCAUGGCAAUGCUGGUUACGAAAUCACAUACAGAGUUUACGAUGAUGCUGAUUAUCGUGCGGUCAACAUCGACUGGCGUGUUAUAGAUGCGGACGAUGUCGUCACUCACUUCAUGGUAAUUCUCAGGGCUUACGAUCUUUCAAAUCCCGAGUCAGUUUUCUUGCGUUACUUCCAGUCCAAUGGAGGGAAGUCAGCCACUAUAGCUGUACAGAAUCUUGAUGAUGCUAAGUCUGAGCAAUUUUCCUACAAUAUGGAAAAUGCAGUUCCAGAUUGA